GGAGAGACCCGCCCUCGCCGCGCUGGGCCCGCGCUCUGGGGUCCUAACGGCCCGCGAGGGCUCCGGGCACGGGCUGGGGCGACGGCAUGCCCGAGAAGAGGCUCACCGCGGGUAGGUGGCGGCCCCACAGGGACGGAGGACCCACCCGCGGCGUCCGGGCCGCACCACGCGCCCACCUGUGGACUUCACAUCCUGCCCGAGCGUCCCCACAGCCAGACGCGAGAAAAAACUGGCUUCACUGCCCUGCCCGUUGCUUUUUACGAGGGAUUUCACGUCCUCCCUGUUUGCGCCGGCACCGUGUGACCUCGCUUAAUUCUGCGUUUUGUACGUAGAACAAUCGAGGCUUCCGUCUGUGAAGGGUGUCUUCUGGGUCGCAGUGAAUUAGGGACCAGGCAGGAUUCCAGAGCCCUUUCCUUCCCGCUUCUGCCAUGACUUCCAACGUAAAAUGCAAGCCAUGUGCAGCGAAUGAACAGAGCCAGACAUUUCAGGAGCCAGCCCGUGUAUACCAUAGAGCUCGGUGCUGUCUCACAUGAUUUCAUUGACUCAAAGGAAAUCAGAUUUCAGGGAGAUAAUGUAACAUUUUCUCUUGUUUCAGAGCCACCAGCUAUUACAGAAGAAGAAUUUGAAGAUUCUCUGGCAACAGAUGAUUUUCUUGUAGACUACUUCAAUGAAUUCCUAAGCCUUCCAACCUUUUCAGAAGCAAUUAGAUUUAAUGCAGAUUAUGGAGUUUUUGAAGUGGUUAAUGAUGCUCCACAACUUCUGGAAAAACAACUAAAAAAAAUUUUACUGAACCAGCAACCUCGAAAUCCCAUUUAUGAUGUUGUAAGGAAAGGGAAGAAUGAGGUUAAACCUGCUCAGAUGAAUGCCCCCCAUGAAGAUGAGACCAUUAAUGUCAACUACAAUAUUAUGUGUCUCAGUCGUGAAGAAGGUAUUAAGUGGAUCAAAAAAGAAAGACUUCCAGCAUUUCUGGAAAGUGAUUGCUACUUUGAAUACAGGUUAGCCAAAUUGGUCUCACAAGUAAGAUGGAGCAAGUCUGGCAUGAAUUUCACAGUAGGAUCAAAUUUUUCUCCCUGGAUCAUGAAAAAACCACCCAGUCUACCACCUCCUGCCACUGAAGAAGAUAAUCUUAUAAUUAAGAAAAAGUUCUACAUAUCACUUGGCGAGGCUUCCUAUACUCAAACAAAAAGUUGGUUUGCAUUAGCAAAACAAAGUCAGCAAACAGUAUCAACCUUUUCAUUACCCUCUUGCGUACCCUACAACAAACUUGAGUCACCAGCUAUUUCAUCUGUUUCUGAGGAUUUUAUCUUUGACGAUGGAGUUCACCCUAGGACAAAAAACGACCCAUCUAAAACCACCAAAUUAAUUUCUGAAUUUGAAGAAGAUGACGACGAAGAAGAAGUGUCUGUAUCUCUGCAAGACACUCCUUCUCAAGCUCUUUUGAGAAUAUAUCUUGAAAAGAAACAGGAGGUUGAUGAAAGCCGGACAGUGCAUUUCUCAACAUAUAAAGAAUUUUUAAAUUCCUAUAUAUACUUUAUUUUGAGAAAAGCAAUUCAGCAAAUUGUUGGAAAGUCAGUUGGAGAAACUCAAGACUAUAUAAACUUCAACAAUAUAACAAAAGUGUCAUUUGGUGAUGGUUUUGAGUCUAUUCCUGGCAAGAAUUUUUUAAGUGAAUUAGUUCAAACUGCAAAGGAGAGGUCAGAAGAGGCAGCAGAAGAAGCGAGUUUAAGUUCAAAGAGUGAGAGCACUGGACCAGAGAGCAGGGCUGACUGGUGUGUUUCUCACAGAACCUACGACAUCGGCAACAGAAAGGAGUUUGAAAGAUUUAAGAAAUUUAUAAAAGGUACAUUGGGGGAGAGAUAUUGGUGGCUAUGGAUGGAUAUUGAGAGGUUAAAAGUUCUUAAGGACCCUGGAAGAAAUCAAAGACAUCUUGAGAAGAUGAAAAAAUGCUAUCUAGUAAGCAAUGGAGAUUACUACCUUUCUACAGAAAUCUUAUCAAAAUUUAAACUGUUAGAUGGAUCUCAGUGGAAUGAAGAGCAUUUAAGAAAUAUUCAGUCUGAGGUUUUAAAACCUUUACUUCUGUAUUGGGCACCAAGAUUCUGUGUUACUCAUUCAGCCUCAACAAAAUAUGCUACUGCUGAACUGAAAUUCUGGCACCUCCGUCAAACAAAACCAAGGAAGGACAUUGACCCUUUUCCACAAAUGGCAACCCUCUUGCCAUUAAGACCCAAAACUUGCAUUCCACAGAUACCUGAGAUCCAGAAAGAAGAAUUCAGCUUAUCACAACCUCCUAAAUCUCCCAAGAAAACACCUGGAGUAAAUACAGCAACUCAAAAGUCUUGGAAGAGGGAGAUUUUGUAUCCAGGUUCUUCUAAGUAUGUGACUGAGAAGGGGUCAAAGAGCAUGUCAGAAAGCAGCAACAUCAUUCAUUUAACAUCUUUUAUGGACAUUUCUGAAUGUCUCAAGCCCCAGCUGGAUAGAAGAUUCACUUAUACAGAAGAACCUAAGGUUAAAACCAUGUCAGAUGUUGGUGCCUUGGGAGGAUUUGACAUGGAAAAUUUGUUGCAAUCUUUGUAUGUGGAAAAUAGAGCUGGAUUCUUCUUUACUAAAUUCUGCGAGCAUUCAGGGAACAAGUUGUGGAAGAACAGUGUGUACUUUUGGUUUGACCUGCAGGCUUAUCAUCAGCUUUUCUACCAGGAAACACUUCAGCCUUUUAAAGUAUGCAAGCAAGCACAAUAUCUUUUUGCCACAUAUGUUGCUCCUUCUGCAACCCUUGAUAUUGGACUCCAACAGGAAAAGAAAAAAGAAAUUUAUAUGAAAAUACAGCCACCAUUUGAAGACCUUUUUGACACAGCAGAGGAAUAUAUCCUUCUCCUCCUUCUUGAGCCAUGGACAAAGAUGGUAAAAUCAGACCAAACUGCUUAUAAAAAGGUGGAGCUGGUGGAAGAAACUCGACAGUUAGACUCCACAUACUUCAGAAAGCUACAGGCUUUGCAUAAAGAGACAUUCUCCAAGAAAGCUGAGGACACCACUUGUGAAAUUGGAAAUGGCAUUUUAUCACUCUCUAACGUCUCUAAACGAACAGAAUAUUGGGAUAAUGUUCCUGCAGAAUACAAGCAUUUUAAGUUUAGUGAUCUGCUUAACAACAAACUGGAGUUUGAACAUUUCCGUCAGUUCCUUGAGAAUAAUUCUUCAAGCAUGGAUCUUAUGUGCUGGACAGACAUUGAGCAGUUCCGGGCAAUAACUUGCAGAGAUCGAAAUCAAAGGGAGGCAAAAGCUAUAUACAUUAAAAACAAAUACCUUAAUAAAAAAUAUUUCUUUGGACCCAACAGUCCAGCGUCUCUGUAUCAGCAGAACCAGGUAAUGCAUUUAAGUGGUGGCUGGGGGAAGCUUCUCCAUGAGCAGCUUGAUGCACCUGUCCUAGCUGAAAUCCAGAAGCAUGUCCAAAAUAGGCUAGAAAAUGUAUGGCUGCCAUUGUUUCUUGCAAGUGAACAGUUUGCAGCACGUCAAAAGAUAAAGGUACAGAUAAAAGACAUAGCAGAAGAGAUGUUACUACAGAAGCCCGGAAAGAAAAUCAGGGUCUGGAAGCCUGUGGAGAGUAAGUGGAUCUCUUCAUCUUGUGAAAUAAUUGCUUUCCGCAAAGCAUUAUUGAAUCCAGUUACUUCAAGACAGUUUCAACGUUUUGUGGCUCUAAAAGGAGAUUUGUUGGAAAAUGGGGUACUCUUUUGGCAAGAAGUACAAAAAUAUAAGGACUUGUGCCAUUCUCAUUGCGAUGAGUCUGUCAUCCAGAAGAAGAUUACAACUAUUAUCAACUGCUUUAUUAAUUCCAAUAUUCCACCAGCUUUACAAAUUGACAUUCCAGUAGAGCAAGCCCAGAAGAUUACUGAACACCGGAAGGAAUUAGGACCAUAUGUAUUUAGAGAGGCACAGAUGACAAUUUUUGGGGUUCUGUUUAAAUUCUGGCCUCAGUUCUGUGAGUUUAGGAAGAACUUAACAGAUGAAAAUAUUAUGAGUGUUUUAGAGAGAAGACAAGAAUAUAAUAAGCAGAAAAAAAAAUUGGCAGUCCUAGAAGAUGAAAAAUCUGGAAAGGAUAGAAUCAAACAGUAUGCAGAUACUUCAGUGGCUGAUAUCAAAACUGCUUUACUCAGUGAUUCCUUCCUAGGCCUCCUAGCAUAUGGCCAACAGCCAACCUGGUGCUACUCAAAGUAUAUAGAAGCCUUAGAACAGGAGAGAAUUCUUCUUAAGAUCCAAGAAGAACUAGAAAAAAAGUUAAUUGCAGGCUUGCAACCUCUCACAAAUUUUAAGCCUAGUGCUUCAACUAUGUCUUUGAAAAAGAAUAUGUCUGCCCACAGCAGCCAGAAGUAACAGCAUCCAUGUGAGUGUUUACAUCCUGCUGCUGAUAGGUUCAAGGAAUUCUUUCAACCAGAGUUUGCUGACAUGAGAAGUUCCAGUGAUUUGUUUUUUGAUGGUCUGUGUCAGAACAAGCCUAACAUCUAAAUAAAGUUUGAUUCUGGAUUAUCCAGGUGGGAAGCAAAUAAAGAAAAUUUGAUUUGUCUUA